AUGAAUGCCUUCGAGAUGGGUGCCUUGCCGGGCCGUUAUUCGUUCAUAUAUGAAGAUAUCACGCAACUUUGCCUUGAAGAAAAAGGUUGUCAGCAGAUAUCAGACCGAAAGAUCACCAGAUGUUCGCGAUGCGCGCCGCAGACUAUGCACGCCGGCAGAGUCAGCAUAUCAUGGGACGAUGGCAGUCUGCCCCCGCAACCCAUCGCGCCGGGACUAGGGUAA